CAGUAAUGAAGGGCUUUUUCUUUCAUUUCUUCUCCCAGCAAGCAAUAGGAGUCCAUGGCGGCGUCGCUGCUUCGGCGAGCUUCUUCGAAUCUCGGUCUAGUUUUUUCUCGGGCAUUCCUUCCAGAGAGCUCCUCAACAACCGUUCCUUCAGUGCCCCGCUUCUCGUUCGGGUCUUCCAUGGAGCUCAUGGCCGUACCUAAGAAGAAGGUUUCGCCUCAUAAGAAAGGGCUGAGGAAUGGUCCAAGGGCUCUGAAACCAGUCCCAGUGAUUGUUCGGUGCAAGAGUUGCGGCCGAGUUAAACUGCCACACUUUUACUGCUGCAGUGGGAAUAGAGGGGCAGGAGGUUCCUCCCCCUCCUCUUAAAACUGAUGCCAGUACAGAUGCUGGAAGAGGAAGGCAAGCCCAUAAUAGAAACCAAGCCUUUAUUACAAACAAGUUUUUGCUGGAUUUCAACUUUCUCAUGUAUUUCCGGAGUGUUGCUUUAAUCAGAGGGAUCUAUGCUUGUCAUUCAUGUUUCACCUUGCAAUUUCUUGCACUUAGGCUUUCGUUUGGGACAGUUUUUUUACUACUUCUUAAAGCAACUUUUUAGUAGAAAAAUUAAAAUUUUUGUGCUAAAAAGCUGCUUUAAGAAGCAAUAAGAAAGUCAUCCCAAACGAAGCCUUGGUAUCAAUACAGCAUGUUGUAUUCGAGCUUUCUUAGUGGUUUAUUCCUUUUCUCUC